CGGAACUGGCCUGGGGGACGCGGGCGCCCGGCCCGCCUCGGACGCAGCGGGGGCGCAGGGCAGCGCCUGAAGUUCGUCGGAGACUCCUGUAACUUUUUCCCUUUCCCGGGGCCUCGCACCUGAUCCCGGGGCGGGAGAAUCCCCGGCGGCCCCAGAGAGGGAGGACUGUCCUCUGGACCCUGCACAGUGUCCUCCUUCCCUGGGGUCCCUCGGGGACCACUGGUAUGACAAACACGAUCCACUGACCCAUUACACAAAGCGGGCUUGCGCCUGCCUGCCCCACUCUCUGGCCAUCUCUCUAGUCCCACCCUGCAUACCUGGGCUGGGGUCACCCGAGCCUUGUCCUGACCUCUAGAUAAAGCCACAACAUGGGCGAGGCGGGGGCGGGUGGAGAGAGAAAUGAUGACCAGUCAUCCCAGAAGCCGGAAGUCCUUACACAGACAUCUGAGUCCUCUGGACAGCAUUCCUGGGGACUGGGUACCAGAGGCCUCCAAAGAUCCGGCGCAGGAGACCAACCCCUGCCAUGCUGUUCCGGCUCUCAGAGCACUCCUCACCAGAGGAGGAGGCCUCACCCCACCAGCCGUGCAACGCAUUGCUGAGUCUCACCUGCAGUCCAUCAGCAACCUGGGUGAGAACCAGGCCUCGGAGGAGGAGGAUGAGCUGGGGGAGCUGCGGGAACUGGGUUACCCGAGAGAGGAAGAGGAGGAAGAAGAGGAGGAGGAUGAAGAAGAGGAGGAGGACAGCCAGGUGGAAGUCCUGAAGGGCAGCAGGGGGUCUGAAGGAAAUGGCAAUCCACUCCAGUGCUCUUGCCUGGAGAAUCCCAGGGACGGGGGAGCCUGGUGGGCUGCCGUCUAUGGGGUCGCACAGAGUCGGACACGACUGAAGCGACUUAGCAGCAGCAGCAGCAGCAGGCUGGAGCUGGGCAGAAGACAACUUAUGGCCAAGGUCUGGAGGGUCUCUGGGAGCGCCCGCCUCCUCUGGAUGGGCCCCAGAGAGACGGAAGCUCUGAGGACCAAGUGGAAGACCCAGCAGUGAAUGAACCCGGGGAGGAGCCACAGCGCCCUGCCCACCCUGAGCCUGGCACAUAGGCACCCAGCCCUGCAUCUCCUGGAAGGAAGUGGGGGGAGGCAUUGAUGUUCUCCAGAAACCCACUCUGUUCACACCCUAUUUUGUACCCUGCCCCUCACUUGCUAGGGCUGCGGCUUCUGACUUUUAGAAGACUAAGGCUGGUCUGUGUUUGCUUGUCUGCCCACCUUUGGCUGAUGCCCAGAGUCCCUGGGCACUUGCUGCCUUAUGCCUAUCCCUGCCAGUCAUUCCCCCAUACACCCAGCGGGAGGUGGGAUGGGAGAGCUUGCAUUGGGAAAUCCAGUAAAUGGGGGACAAAGAUUCAUCCUUCACAAUUCUACUCCCUAGACCCUCUCCCCUGGGCGCAGGAAACCCACAGGGCAAGACCCUAAGAUCUGGGGGAAAAGGAUACUGAGAACUUCUAAGUGCCCACAGAUCUUUCUCCAUCCCUUGAGCAAUUCCAAGUCAUCACCCCUUCACUGCCUUCUACCAGGGCCCAAAAUUCAGGCAUCUUUUCCAUGGCCUCAACUUUUGGUAAAUCUUCCCCCUUAUCACCUGCUCCCCAGCCUGGGUGCCUGGAAGAUGGACUGGCAGAGACUGCUUUGUUGCAUUUUAUGUGUGCUUUGAUGCCAGGAAUGCCGCCUAGUAUAAGUCCUUAGGGGGGCACAUGGUGGGGGAGCCAAGCUCUCCUUGUCCUCCAACUGCUCUGUCCCCUUCCCCUCUUCCCUGACUCCUGGCCUGAACCUGUAAUAAAUCUUUGUAAGUAAC